UAAUUAAUAUCUCGGCUCACAGCUCAGCGACACUUUUUGUGCUAGAUUCUUUCGUUUCAUGUAAAAACGUGUCGAAUAAACCUAAUUUUAUUGAUUUUCGAAGUGGGAUAGCUAAACUGAAUAAUUACUGGAUUUACACAUAAUUCGGUAUAGUCUGCUUAAAGACUAUACCGAUCGCGAUGGCAUCGAGUAGAAGUACAAGAGAAGUUCUAUUAUCGCUGGUGGAUGAUAUCGAGUUAAUAGCAAAAGAGAUGAUAGAAAACACAAUCGCUCAGAAACCUUCAAAGCUUUCGAGCACAGAGCAUGCUCAGUUAACUGAAUUGUUAGUUGCCAAGGAUAAUGAAUUAAAAGCGACGUUGAAACGGGCCACUGAACAGGCUAAAAUUAACUUGAAGAUGGAGGCAUUGAAAACCGAGGUAGAGAGGCAAGACCAGGAUAUCCAGCAGCUGCAACGACAGUUGAAAGAAGCAGAACAGAUUUUGGCUACUGCGAUUUAUCAAGCAAAACAGAAAUUACAAUCUAUCGCACGUGCCAAUAAGAGACCAGUCCCUUCGGAAGAGCUUAUUAAAUAUGCACAUAGAAUAAGCGCAACCAAUGCCAUUUGUGCACCUUUAACAUGGCAGCAGGGAGAUCCCAGAAGACCAUAUCCUACAGAUCUCGAAAUGAGAGUAGGAUUCCUAGGACGGUUGAGCGACCCAAGCAAUCUACCUUUGAAUGGACAAUUACUUGGAUCUCAUCUAGGAGUACCAUCAGAUUUACAUAGGGCAGGACAUCCUGCUGGAGAACCACCUGUUUCACAAUCGAACCAAUUUGCCUGGCAUCCAUCAGGAGAGAUUCACAUGUCGGUUGGUGGACAGGGCAGUGUAGCGGUGAAUACACAUAAACAAGAAACAGAAGACGUCGAAGUUAUGUCUACAGACUCUUCGAGUAGCUCUUCUAGUGAUUCUCAAUAGAUAUUAUUUAUACCGUAUCAAGCUGAAAACACAAAUAGAAACAGGGAACAGGGAAUAAUGAGUCAUCCAAUCAGAGCUCUGGGGUAUAUCAAACUUAUUCCGUUUCCUGUUCCUAUUGCCUGUGCCUAUUGUGUUUCCAGCUUUAGAGAAAAGUAAAAUAUUUUUCUCAAUAAAACUUAAAUCAUCUGUAUAAAAUUAUGUAUAUAUAUAUAUACAUAUAUACAAGGGGCCCCACAAUUUUUUGCCAAGCGCUUUUGUGUAAAUAGAGCGGACUGAACUAAAUUAAGAAGUCCUCUACUAUUUUGCAAUUCUUGCAAUAUUUAACAAGAUAUUAAUUACGAAAAAUCACUGAAUAUUGGUUUUCAAUAAUUUUUUAAAAAACAGAAGGGAAAAAGGCACUCGAGAGUCGAUACUUCAAUGUUAAAAUGAUCAUAUCAUAUUGAAAAUAUUCAUUACAAAAGUACAAUAAUUUAGAAAAUAAAGGUGUUUAAACAUGACUAGUUUCGGCUUCCAAUUUGAGCCCUCUUCAGAUG